AUGGAGAAAACCAGUGAUACGGAGAAAUCCAGGGAUACAGAAAACCAGGGACACAGAAAACCAGACAUGGGGGGAAAACCAGGGACACAGGGAAAACCAGGGACACGGAGAAAACCAGGGAUACGGAGAAAACCAGGGAUACGGAAAAAACCAGGGACACGGAGAAAACCAGGGACAUGGAGAAUUCCAUGGAUACAGAGAAAACCAGGGAUAUGGAGAAAACCAGGGACAUGGGGAAAACCAGGGACACAGAGAAAUCCAUGGAUACGGAGAAACCCAAGGAAAAAGAAAACCAGGGACAUGGAGAAUUCCAGGGAUACAGAAAAAUCCAGGGAUACAGAGAAAACCAGGGACACAGAAAACCAGACAUGGGGAAAACCAGGGACACGGGGAAACCACGGACAUGGAGAAAUCCAUGGAUACGGAGAAACCCAAGGAAAAAGAAAACCAGGGACAUGGAGAAUUCCAGGGAUACAGAGAAAUCCAGGCAUACGGAGAAAACCAGGGACACAGAAAACCAGACAUGGGGAAAACCAGGGACACGGGGAAACCACGGACAUGGAGAAAUCCAUGGAUACGGAGAAACGCAAGCAAAAAAGAAAACCACGGACAUUGAGAAAACCAGGGAUACGGAGAAAACCACGGACAUGGAGAAUUCCAGGGAUGCAGAGAAAACCGGACAUGGAGAAAUCCAUGGAUACGGAGAAACCCAAGCAAAAAGAAAACCAGGGACAUGGAAAAAACAGGGAUACUGAGAAAACCAGGGAUACAGAGAAAUCUAGGCAUACAGUGAAAAUUCUGGAUAUGAAAUUGUCAUUCAUCAUCUGA